GACAAUUUCAUUACAAUUCAGCCGUAUUUGUCGCACACUCGCUCAUGAUGUGCUGCUGGGUAACGUCUAUUCGAACACCCCUCUCCCGCCUUCCUGUCGAACCUGGGGAUAGGUCGAUUCUAUUGACGUCUGGCCAUGGCCAAGAGAAACGUCCACUGCGUGAAGCCUUCGGAUCCUCCGUUUCUACGGAAGAUGAAAGAACAGUGUGGUUUCACGAAGGAUACGAUCGAGACCAAAAAGCAACUCCUUCAAGCCGAUGCUGAUGCGCACGAAGACCAGGACGAUGAGCUGCCGCAGGUCGUCGUUCUGAAAUCGGGAGAUCUGACGCAAGAAGAAGCCGAGCGGAUCCAGGGGAAAAAUCCCCAGAAUGAGGAUGAGAGGCCAGCCGACCCGGGAGCGGGGUCGAAAAUAUAUUUCGGCACCAAGAGAAGCAGCGCUCGGAGCUCGGAUGACACGACCAGCAACAAAACUAGGAAGAAACUUCACGGGGAUCCGAAGAAGAAGAGUGACGUCAAGGCGGUGAAGAACAAGAGUUUGUUGUCUUUCGACGAGGGCGAGGAGGACUGCUAAGGAUGUGCUUCAGUGACGGCCGCAGCUCCAUCGGAGUCGGCAAUCGAUUUUG